AUGGACAAGGAUUCCAGUUCUUACUUUAUCUGUUUGCUCAGAUCUGCGAAUGUUGUGGCUUUUCUAUUUCAGUUCUGGCGGAAAGUAAAAAGGAUGGCGUCAAACUUUCAGAGAGAUUUGAAAACAGAUGUCCAGUCAUGCUCUUUUCGCAGUUUGUCUUAUGCUAACGUUGGCAACUCUCAGAUGUUGGGGCUUGGAGCUGGCUUAGUUUCACGACGAGACGCCUAUAAGUUUCUGCAACAAAGAGAUUGGGAUUCUGAAUCCAUCAUCAAAAUCUUGGAUGCUAUUUCUGUAGAUGAGGAGCAAAACGUGAGGAAGGAAGAUCUGAUUCGCUCAGCUGUUGCGAUCAUGUGCAAAGAUGGCUCUCGUCGAACCCUUUCUGACGCCAUUGCCAUUUCCUCUUGUUCCUGCGAGUGUACACUACAAUUUCAAGGCACACUGAUUCCGACUGCUAGUGCCCCUAAGAUGGACAUGUGGCAUCAGCAAGUAUGUUGCCAUCUAGGUCUCAAAGGAUUCGUUCGUCUGUGCUACACUGGCAUCAUCUUAGACGUCGGUCUGGUGCUGCAGGGGAAUGAGGAUGACCUGGUAGCCUACAUUGAUGGUUUGCUUGCUCCCAACAUCACCGGGAACGGAGAGUCCCUCAUCAUACCAUUCAGACGGCUCGGCCCUGAAGAAACUCGUCUAAGCGAAUUGAUGAUCGUGACCCAUGCUGACAAGGAGGAGAUGUUGGAUCAACAUGCUUCUGACAUGGCAGCCAUAGAUCAAUUCACUUCAGCAUGCAAGCUCAACGAUGAAGUACAUUCCUAUAACUCCAACAUUCACAUGGAGCCACAAGCUCACGAGCUGGGCGCUGGGACGCAUGAUUCAGAGAAGCCAAAGAAUUCAUACAAGUGA